AUGAGUGAUCAAUUAAAUGUAAAGCAUAAGAUAGCAGAUACUUAUAGAAAAUUAUAUUCGUAUUUUAAGCCUAUUUCAAGUACUUCUUCAUUUAUUAAAAAUGGAACAUUAACACCAACAGAAUUUGUUGAUGCAGGAGAUUUUUUAGUUCAUAAGUUUAAAACAUGGGAAUGGCAAGAAGCAGACAUAGAUAGAGCUGUUUCUUAUUUACCAGAAGGAAAACAAUUUUUGAUUACUAGAAACGUUCCUUGUAAACAAAGAUUAAAAGACUUAAAUCAUAUUAUGAAUGAUUUAAAAAUUGUAGAAAAUGAAUGGAUACAUCCUAGUUAUGAAGAAGACAAUAAUGCUACAGAUAUAAAUGAAUACUUAUAUAAUGUACCUUUAUGUGCAAGUAAAUCAAGAGAAGAAAAACACUAUGAUAAUGAUGACGAUGCUAUUGAUAUAAAUAAUUUCGACAUAGAAGAUAGUAUUUUAAAAGAAAAUGAUCCUGCGUCUGUUGAUAAUUCAAGUCACUAUUUUAGAAAUAUACAAAAUGGCAAUACUAUGAAAAUACGUACAUAUGAUGUUAGUAUAACUUACGAUAAAUAUUAUCAAACUCCUCGGAUAUGGCUAUUUGGAUAUAAUGAAAAUGGAAAUCCUUUAAAUUCUGAAGAAAUUUUUGAAGACGUUUUGGCAGACUAUAGUUACAAAACAGUCACUUAUGAUCCACACCCAUGUACAGGAGUUAUGACUGCGUCUAUUCAUCCAUGCAGACAUGCGGAUGCUAUGUUGAAAAUUAUAAAAAAUUGGAUAAACGAUGGAAAAGAACCUAGACACGAUUUAUAUCUAUUAUUUCUACUGAAAUUUAUUUCUGGAGUAAUACCAUCUAUUGAAUACGAUUUUACAGCAGAUAUAGAAAUACCAAGGGAUAAUUAA